AUGUAUUUAAAAUUACAAUCCGAUUUAAUUUGUGUGUUGAAUAGGUCUGGUCUAGAACUUAAAAAAUGGUCGUCGAACACUACGUCGGUUUUGGACGCAGUGCCGGCCGCGAAUCGUGUGCUCGCACCUACGCCGUUCGAAACGGUAGACGGUCAGGGUACCAAGGUGUUAGGUUUAGAAUGGCACCCCGACGGAGAUUACUUGUGUUGUGCGUUAAGUCUCGAGCAAUCACUGGUUUAUACCAAACGCGGUAUUUUGUCGUUAGUAGCUCGAAUAUUCGACCCACUUGGGGUGUUCGGUCCCGCGGUGUUUUUAGCCAUCAUGCAACGGACCUGGCUUAGUGGUUUGUCGUGGGAUGAACCUCUCUCUACGGACAUUCAUGAUGAAUGGGCAGCUUUUGUCGCUGAUUUACCGUCGUUACUAUCUAUUCGCGUCCCCCGGCAUUUUAAUUCGUGCCAGAAUGCCCCGUGCUAUUUAUUAGGUUUUUGCGACGCGUCGCAACGCGGCUAUGCAGCUGUUGUGUACUUACGGAUGGUCGAUGUGUCCGUAGAGCACUAUGUUUUUUUGGUUGGUACUAAGACUAAAUUGGCAUCAACAAAAUCCAUGACAAUUCCCCGUCUAGAAUUGAAUGCCGCCUUGCUGUUGGCCCGGUGGCUAAACCGCAUCCGUGACAUUUUAGCGGCGCAACUUAAGAUUAUUGACAUUCGAGCUUGGUCUGAUUCGAUGAUCGUGCUAUCAUGGCUAACGGUCCCUCAUGAGUCGGUUAAAGUUUAUGUUUCCAAUAGAGUACAUCAAAUCCGCACGCUGUUACCGGAUUGCCGGUGGCAACACAUUGAUUCGGUCAAUAACCCCGCCGACUGUGCGUCCCGUGGUGUAAUGCCGGCGGUAUUGUCGCAACUUGACUUGUAUUGGCGGGGCCCACAGGUAGCGUAUGACGACCCAUCGGUAUGGGACGAUGCUCGUCCGUCGCUACCCCUUUGUGAAUUGCCGGAGUUGCGACUUGCAUCGUGUGCUGCCCUCGUUUCCGACGUACCGAAUUAA